AUGGAAGGAAAAAAGAGAAUUAAAGUAGCUUUAAAGACACCAAAUCCAUUGUUUAAACAAUGGCUUAAAGAGCUAAUAGACGAGGCUGUCAAGAAGAAAAAGAAAAUAAGUAAAACAUAUCAAAAAGCACUUGACAGCUUAGAAAAGUAUCCUUUAACAUUGUACAGUGGACAUGAUUGCGCUAUUCUGGAUGGUUUUGGACAGAGGAUUUGUGAAAUACUGGAACAAAAAUUACAGCAACAUUUGGGAAUUCGAUACAUUAAUAAUCCUGAUUUUAGAAACCUAUGUUUUAAGGAUAAAGUAGUUAUGCUGCAGAAGCAGGAACAUGAUGAAUUACUGGAGUUUAUUAAGGACAUUGAAGCUUCUCAUUUAACUGAGGAUUCCUUAGCUGACAAAACGACAAAAAGCCUUAAGAAUAUAACAAAUUUGAGCAUAAUUGAAGAAGAUGUUGAGAUGAAAAACGAUUCAAUGGAUAUGAAUGACGAUGACAUUUUAAUGGAUUUACAGGAUGAAAAAGAAUGUAUCGAUUUACAAAAUGUCAAGAAUCCAAUUGAUACAGACAGUGAAGAAAGUGACGAUAAGCAGUCUGACGAAGACUCAUUUGACAGAAUGAUCAAAAAGUAUUGUCCUGAAAAGCCAAUUAAUAAGCCUAAAACUCAACUUCAACUGCCAAAACCAGUUAUUAAUUCUCCAACUUCAAGUGUACAAAAUAGAAUACUUAAGAAGUUUAAAUCAUUCAGUGCUGUCGGAAAUAUUGCUGGACCUUCUUAUGCAAGUUCUCCGAUUUCUAAGUUCCUUAAUGUUGAGAAUAAUAUAAGAUGUAUGAAUGAUAAUGAUGACGAUGACGAAUUUGACAGAAUAGUAAACAGCAAUAAUGGAAUAAAAGACAAUGAUGUGCUUCCAUCACCAAUAUUGCCUAAAAAGAAAACAGCUGUUUUAGAUAAAAAUAAAGUUCCUAAAAUUCCACCCUUAUCUUCAACUAAGCUUCCGAAACCAAUUAUUGCUGUAGAAAAUGAAAAGCAGGACUUAUUCGAGUAUACUUCAAUCGAUGAUAUAAAUCCGUUAGAAUAUGAAGUCAUGCUUUUGAUUGAUGUCGGUGAAUCUAAAACAGUUUCUAGUGAAAUUAAGACAAAAUUGCAAGAACAAGGAGUUAAAAGUGAUAUAAGGAAGCUUCAUGUCGGUGACUUUUUGUGGAUAGCAAAGCAUAAAACAGAAAAAUCUAAGGAAUAUGUACUUCCUUACAUUAUCGAGAGAAAAAGACUUGACGAUUUAUCUAGCAGUAUCAAGGAUGGUCGUUUUCAUGAACAAAAAUUCCGUUUGAAACAAUGUGGAAUCGAGAAUGUAAUCUAUUUGAUAGAGAACUAUAUGAAAGCUGGAAAAUGCGGUUUGCCAUUUGCGACACUUUUACAAGCUGCAUCCAAUACCUCAAUAAUUAAUAAGUUUCAAGUCAAAUUUACAGAAAACUUGGAUCACACUGGAUUGUAUUUAGCCAUUAUGAGUUCCUUUAUCGAGAAUAUUUUUAAGAAUAAGAAGCCAGUGAAAUACAAAUUAUUGGAGUUUGAAGCAUUCAAUCAAUCAUCAGUGAAACAAAGGAAAUUUACGGUCCGAGAAACUUUCAUCAAGCAGUUGCUGACUCUAAAAGGACUUUCUGUCGAUAUUGCAUUAGAAAUUACCAAGUAUUAUCCAACACCAUCGCAUCUGUUUAAUGCAUUCAAGGAUCUGUCAAAAUCAGAAGGUGAAACUCUUCUGUCCAAAAUCACAAUCGGCGAUCUCAAACGAAAAAUUCCUUCUACUAUAAGUAAAAACAUUUACAGUUAUUUCAUGUACAAAUAG